GACAAAAGUGGCAGCAACUCUUAGAGCAACAAUACAAAGCAACGCUGGUAGUACUCGUGUUAUGUUUGUGAUGAAUUAUUCAACUCUGCUCGUUAUGAACUUGGCAUUGCUGAUGGUAGUUGUGACGAGUAUCUUUGAUACUUCAUUGGCUUCCCAUAACACUAAAGAUGACCAUCUCGAUGAUGCGCCCGUCAUCCGUCAUCGUCGUCAAGCUCCGAUGUCGACCGACCCUCACGCCCACUGUGGUGAAUGGUUCCCAUGUAUAAACUCAACGCAAUGCAUUCCUCAAGAAGCUAUAUGCGAUGGCAACAUCGACUGCGACAACGAAUCGGACGAGUCGGAUGAAGAAUGCAUCGAUGACAAGAACAGGCGUGUAUACACCUUUAUGGAUCAAGGAAAGACUGACGACUCAUCGGAGGAAGAUGACUUUAUACCACCAGCAUGUGAUAUUGGAACAUACCCAGAAGAAUGCAGAUGUGUUCUCCUGUACGAAGACCCUAUGGCUCACUUCGACUACUAUGAAUCGAUGCUACAAGACGCAUACCCAAGCGUUUUCGCUGAACCACCAAUUGGAGCAACAAGUGAACCACUGGGGCUGGAAAUAGCGUGCACGUCAAAACGACUGGAAAGAGUCCCAGAAGGGCUUCCACCGGGAACUUUGUAUAUGGAUUUGUCGGAUAAUCGUAUUACUCAUCUCCAUGGCGACAGCUUCCAGAAUCUGACCAGACUUCGAGAACUAGUAAUCACCCACAACCAAAUGCAGUCAAUGGACGAAGAUGUCUUUUACGACACAAGGAGUCUGGAAAUGCUCGACCUGUCAGAUAACCGAAUUGAGAGGAUAACAUCAGCUCAUUUCGACUCCCUGCGACGACUUUCUCUAUUACGACUCUCACGGAAUCACUUCCGGUGCGAGGAUGGAGAUUGCUUCCGGAAUCUGGUUAGUCUGAGAGAACUCGAGUUGGUAGCAUGUGGGAUCACAGAGCUAACGCCUGAUAUGUUCCGUAAUCUUCACAGCCUAUCUGUGCUUCAGCUUUCUUACAACGCAAUCACCGAAAUCAUGCCAUCGCAUAUGAAUGGACUUGAGGGGUUACAGGAUCUGUUUUUAUCUAGCAAUCACAUCUCACAUAUCGAGAAUGGGUCGUUUGAUGGCAUGGACAGACUCUUGAAAAUAUUGCUACAUGACAACAAACUGAAGAACAUCUCUGUUGGAGUAUUUCCGUUUAUGCCCGAGUUAGUCAUUUUGAAAUUAGAUGAGAAUGAGAUUGAUACAAUAGAGCCCGGGUCAUUCUCACUUGUGAUGAAUCUACAACAUUUUACACUCAUGGAGAAUAAAUUGAGUCGAAUUGAAUUAGGAAUGUUUGAUGGCUUAGGAAACGUUACAGACAUGAGUUUGCGCCAAAAUGAAAUUAAAGCCAUCGAAGAGAAUGCUUUCGAUAAUCUCAUAAAGCUAGAAUCAUUAGACUUACGGGAGAACAAGCUAACCGAAGUACCUCGAGAGCUCUUCACACCACUCGAGAAUCUCAACAAUAUCUACUUCGAUUACUUCUUUAUGUGCGGGUACGCCCCCAACGUCCGGGUUUGUCUGCCCAAAGGGGAUGGCAUCUCGAACGUCGAUGAUCUCCUGGGCAACUGGUUGCUACGUGGUGCCGUCUGGCUAGUUGCCCUACUCGGGUCAUUUGGCAACCUACUGGUUAUCCUGGCCCGAUGCUUCGUCAGUGAGGAUAACAAGGUCCAUUCAUUCUUUAUCAUGAAUUUAGCCGUGGCGGAUUUUCUCAUGGGUCUCUAUCUGCUCAUCAUUGGACUGCAUGACGUCAUGUUUAGAGGCGAAUACAUCUUUAAAGAUUUGAACUGGCGAAGUGGUUGGGUCUGUAGGAUGUGUGGACUACUCAGUCUUCUCUCCAGUGAAAUGUCUGUACUUACAUUAACAGUGAUAACCUCCGAUCGGUUUAUCUCAAUCGUCCAUCCGUUCAAGUUUCGUCAACGUCACCUCGCCCACGCUGUCAUCCUCAUGGUCGCCUUCUGGUUAGCCGCCAUGCUCAUCGCCAUCCUCCCCGUCCUCCACCGAUCCUACUUUGGCGAAUUCUUCUACGGCGGCAACGGCGUGUGUCUCCCACUCCAAUUCGAUCGCCCGUUCGAUCACGGUUGGGAGUUCACCCUCGUGGUCUUUGUCCUCUUCAAUCUCAUCGCGUUCAUCUUCAUCCUCUACGCAUACGCGCAGAUGUUCGCCACCGUACGGAAGUCAAGCCUUGCUAUGAGAUCAACGAAAGAGUCACAAGACUGGAACUUGUUGAAGCGGUUUACGAUCAUUGUCGCUACUGACUUUAUCUGCUGGAUGCCUAUCAUAUUGGUCAAGAUAGCAUCUUACGCAGGUAUAGUCAUACCGCAGUCAGUGCACGCAUGGUUUGCCAUCUUCGUUUUACCGGUCAACUCUGCUCUCAACCCGAUCUUAUAUACAGUUACCACGCAGUUCUUCAGGCAAAAAUUCCUACGACCGAUCCGUCGUAUAUGUGGCCGUCAGAAACAAGGCAAGGCUUACCAAUCAGGAUCUUACGACGAUUCUAUCACCGGUACAAAGAUCACGGCUACCAAGCUAUCGAUAAUAUCGCACAACGGAAAACCAAGGGCGGGAUCGGUUAAUGGUCGGCUGAACUCAACAAAGGGAUCACAUGGUCAUCAUCGACCCAGCGAGGUUCAACCCUGGCUCUCCCCCGACUCGUCGGGUCACCCAUCUCACCUCAAACGGCCUUCACUGCGCAUGGAAGAUAUGAGUUGCCGCAAAGAAGCGGAGGUCGUGGUGGUGCACAGUAACAGUCAGAACCGGAUCGAAUGCAGCGAUGUCGCAGAACCGCUGAUUGAAACCUAGCGGUCUUACAAAUAUCCGGUUUGGAAACAUUCAAUACUGAAUGACUGAGAGACUUUUGUUUCAAUCUGACAAACCUCAUACUGAUGCCGGACUCCAUUUUCAUUGACAUACGGAUGUCUAUAUCAGGAGAUUAACGAAAGGAAAUGAAUUUUAUAGUUCUAUCAAUCACUGUAUCUGUUUCCAUUUAAGAUCAUUUAUCGUUUAUACUGCUUUAUAGAUCUAUUUAUUAUAUGAAACUCCCCAUUUGUCGUAUUUAUUGUCAUGAUUGUUUAUGAAGCUUAAUGUGAAAAUAUAGAAAUGAUUCAUUGAUUGUGAAAUAGACCUUAAUUAAUUAUUUAUUAACA